AUGCCUCGUUUCAAACCCACCUCGGCAGCCAGGGCGAGAUUCUCGGCACCACUCGAUGCCGUGAACCUCCAGACACUCAAGUCCGGUUUUUCCGGCCAGGUUGAGCGUGAACGCAUGUCCCGACUUCGGAGUAAGAUUCAAGAGGUGCGGAAUGCUUGGUUGGAUAAUGACACAUAUGCGCAACUCGUGGAGGCCGUACGGAGAUGGUGCAAGCCUGAAAGGCUCCCGGAAGAGGUGCGCGAACCACUUGAACGGCUGCUGAGUGGUUACCGCGACUACGCAGACGUUUCGAUCAGUCGCCCUUCCAAUGCGCACGCUACCCGCAGCAGCGAGCAGUACGAUGCCUUGGAGAUGUACUGUUCUAUUCCGGGAUACGACUACCUGUUCAAGCUGGUCAGCGACACCCUCCGUACGGAAUUCCUGACGAUUGACCUGUAUAACCUCCGACUGUCUCAACUUGGCGAUCCGCGGUAUGGUAAUUUUGAGGGUCUCACGCACCGCGGAAUGCCCGUCUACCAGGAAACUGUCCGCUUCUAUGAAGACAUCAUGCGGAACCCUGACUUGACGAUGCGCAGCUUUGCUAUCCCUUUGGCCUUGACGUCGACCAGUGCCGAUCCUAGGGUCAUGGAAGACUUCGCUACGAAGAAGUCACCGGGGAACGAGCGGUUAGUGCAUAUGCACCUUCAGGUCCAUACGAGGGGCAUCGAUGAAGGCCUGCUUUGGGCAUAUCGGAAGCGAUACCCGGACAGCGUGGUCACUUCCAUCUGUGCCAUGCCGGUGGCCAAUAUUUCGCCGGAGGGUGAAAGGGAAAUUUUGCUCAGGGGUGCCUUCUUCCAGUUAUUGUCUGUCACCACCAAGCAAAGCGGAGGGGACGGCGUGCCCGUUGUUCAAGUCAUUGUUGUCACUAUGAACUCCAAUCGCGAUCACUCGACUGAGUCUUCCUCAAACGUUGACGAGAAGAGAGUCCAGCGCGAGAUCUUCCGGCGGCUUGUUGAUGCAUCCAAGUAUCGGGCAUGUGCAGAGCUGGCGGCAGAGUUCUCUCCUGCAGACGUGCAGGGAUACAAGAUGUUGGCAGACAAAAUGUUGAACGAGAUUCGUGACAUGCAGGAACUCGACUUGGAAGAAUUCGACGAAGCAUCUGCCGGUGCGCUUGGCCUCGAGAAGGAAGAUGUGGCGGUAUGGCUGGGUGGAAGAUUGUAUGCUCUGCGGCGCAAGCAGUGGCAUCAAGCGCUAACGAAGAAGGACUGGGUUGGGGCUCUGAAGACACUCAAUAAAGAGUACAGCUGGCGACAAUGUGACUGGUACAACACUGGGCCGUUGGAUGCCGAGGGCGAUGGUCUUUCAGCACUGCACAUAAUUGCUAGUAGCAGGCCGCCCGAAGACAAGUACUCUGAGGAGCACCGAGCGUGGGAAGAGCUCGUCGAAGGAGCUCAAGCAGAUCCUCGUGUGUGGAAGACCUUGAAGUCCUUUGAAGAAAGAGCGAAGACGGCACGGGAGACUUCAUAUAACCAAGAGCUGGCGGAGGCAUUCAAGCCGGAGAUUCUGCAUCAUGUGGAGGAGAGAAGGCUCGCUCACCUGGAAGAGCAGCUCCACAGAUUGAUGAAGGAUACUGCUGGUUCUCUUGUCGACCCUUCUCGCUUCAGGAUACCACAGCUGUCGUGUUUGACAGAAAUGGAAGACCCAAGGUUGUGGAUCCCAAUACCACACAUGUACGGAGGUUUCAUGGUUGAGUUACUUCGAUCCGAGGAAGCUCUCCGGGUGACAACUAUCGAAACCAUUGCUGGUCAGACUGCCCCUCAGUCCACGAUACGGGUGUUGGAAUCCACCCCGAUGAGCUUCGGGGCUCUUGAGGUGGAAAACUUGGUGACAGAAGAUAUUGCAAAGUUGACUGUCCAGUUGACUGUUAUUCCGGUUUCUGAAGAGGCGGUUUAG